CGGCGGCGGCGGCCGGAGCUGGAGGGGGAGGAGGGGAGGAACCUGAUCUCUCCGGUAGCGAAGGGCUGGAGGCAAACACCGAGUUACCCCAGAGCCGCCCGGGAGCAGGGAGGGCUCCGCUACCCCGGGGGCCCUCCCCGCGGGGCAGAUGAGUUCAGUAUUCAGACUCUCUGAGCUGUGUUUUGGGUCACCCAAGCAUUCCAUCCUCCUGACUUUCCACAACAUACUGGAUUCAUAACUCACUCCAUACUUGAGAACAUGGGGAUUGGAAUAAGCUUGUAAGAAAAGUUAUUUCGGCCACUCUUCUCCAAGCGCCUCAGGAGAACCCCUCAGGUGCUCACACUUCAGCCUGAGAUGCGGCCGGUCAGUCAUUCAGGAGAGUUCAGCGUCGAAGACCCCCAAGGGAGAAUCGCCGACGCGCACGCGUCUCACCGCUGCAAGCAGAGGUAGCGAUGCGAGACGAGGAGAGCGGACGGCCCAAGCAGGGCCGCGGGCCCUUUAAGAACAAGCCACGCCCCUCCCCUCCUCCCGGAGCGGCCGGCGGUCGGUGGCGGCCGCUACGGUGCUGACAAGAUGGCGGCUGGCGGGGCUGUUGCUGUGGCGCCCGAGUGCCGGCUUUUGCCCUACGCGCUACACAAGUGGAGCUCCUUCUCCUCUACCUACCUUCCCGAGAACAUUUUAGUGGAUAAACCAAAUGACCAAUCUUCAAGGUGGUCGUCAGAGAGCAACUACCCUCCCCAGUACUUGAUUCUGAAGCUUGAAAGGCCUGCUAUUGUCCAGAAUAUCACAUUUGGAAAAUAUGAGAAAACUCAUGUCUGCAAUUUGAAGAAAUUUAAAGUCUUUGGCGGAAUGAAUGAAGAAAACAUGACAGAGCUAUUGUCCAGUGGCUUAAAGAAUGAUUAUAACAAAGAAACAUUUACCUUGAAGCAUAAAAUUGAUGAACAGAUGUUUCCUUGUCGAUUCAUUAAAAUAGUUCCACUCUUAUCAUGGGGACCCAGCUUUAACUUUAGCAUCUGGUAUGUUGAACUUAGUGGCAUUGAUGAUCCCGAUGUAGUACAACCUUGUCUCAACUGGUAUAGCAAGUACCGUGAACAGGAAGCCAUUCGCCUUUGCCUAAAACACUUCAGACAACAUAACUAUACAGAGGCCUUUGAAUCGCUGCAAAAGAAAACCAAGAUUGCCCUGGAGCAUCCCAUGUUAACAGAUCUGCACGAUAAAUUGGUAUUGAAGGGUGAUUUUGAUGCUUGUGAAGAAUUGAUUGAAAAAGCUGUAAAUGAUGGCUUGUUCAAUCAGUAUAUCAGUCAACAGGAAUAUAAGCCACGAUGGAGUCAAAUCAUUCCCAAAAGCACCAAAGGUGAUGGAGAAGAUAACCGACCAGGAAUGAGAGGAGGCCAUCAAAUGGUUAUUGAUGUUCAAACAGAGACCGUUUAUUUGUUUGGUGGCUGGGAUGGAACACAAGAUCUUGCUGACUUCUGGGCAUACAGUGUGAAGGAGAACCAGUGGACGUGUAUCUCUAGAGACACUGAGAAAGAGAAUGGUCCUAGUGCUAGAUCAUGUCAUAAAAUGUGCAUUGACAUUCAACGAAGGCAAAUCUACACAUUGGGACGUUAUUUGGAUUCCUCUGUGAGGAACAGCAAAUCUUUGAAAAGUGACUUCUAUCGUUAUGACAUUGACACAAACACAUGGAUGUUACUCAGUGAGGAUACUGCUGCUGAUGGAGGACCGAAAUUGGUGUUUGAUCAUCAGAUGUGUAUGGACUCCGAAAAACAUAUGAUCUACACCUUUGGUGGUAGAAUUUUAACCUGUAAUGGCAGCGUAGACGACAGCAGAGCCAGUGAACCACAAUUCAGUGGGUUAUUUGCUUUCAACUGUCAGUGCCAAACCUGGAAACUUCUUCGAGAAGACUCCUGUAAUGCUGGGCCUGAGGACAUCCAGUCUCGGAUAGGACACUGCAUGCUAUUCCACUCAAAAAAUCGUUGCUUAUACGUGUUUGGUGGCCAGCGAUCGAAGACCUAUUUGAAUGAUUUCUUUAGUUAUGAUGUGGACUCUGAUCAUGUAGACAUAAUAUCAGAUGGUACCAAGAAAGACUCUGGAAUGGUUCCGAUGACAGGAUUCACACAGAGAGCAACUAUUGAUCCAGAACUGAAUGAAAUACAUGUCUUAUCUGGACUCAGCAAAGACAAGGAAAAAAGGGAAGAGAAUGUCAGAAAUUCUUUCUGGAUUUAUGACAUUGUGAGGAAUAGUUGGUCUUGUGUCUAUAAGAAUGAUCAAGCUGCAAAGGACAAUCCAAGUAAAAGUCUUCAGGAGGAAGAACCAUGUCCAAGAUUUGCCCAUCAGCUUGUAUAUGAUGAAUUACACAAGGUUCAUUAUUUAUUUGGUGGAAAUCCAGGAAAAUCUUGCUCCCCAAAGAUGAGAUUAGAUGACUUCUGGUCACUGAAAUUGUGUAGGCCUUCAAAAGAUUACUUACUGAGGCAUUGCAAGUACCUCAUAAGAAAACACAGGUUUGAAGAAAAGGCCCAAAUGGAUCCCCUUAGUGCUCUGAAAUAUUUACAAAAUGAUCUUUAUAUAACUGUGGAUCAUUCAGACCCAGAAGAGACAAAAGAGUUUCAGCUCCUAGCUUCAGCUCUGUUCAAAUCUGGUUCAGAUUUCACAGCUCUAGGCUUUUCGGAUGUGGAUCACACCUAUGCUCAAAGAACUCAGCUCUUUGACACCUUAGUAAAUUUCUUUCCUGACAGCAUGACUCCUCCUAAAGGCAACCUGGUGGACCUCAUCACACUGUGACUGAAGAGUCUGUGGACAGAAAUGGAGCACAGGAGUCUGCUUUCAGUAUUUUGGAUUUCAACUCUGUUAAUUGACAAUUAGGCUGCAGUGAACAAGGACUGCACCAGAAUUCUGAAGGGAUCUUUGCUGUCACAAAUUUUAACCCUCUUCCUUCAUACCUGACCUCAACCCUGUAGUCCUCAUCCCAUUCCUAAAUUAGGCUAAUAAAGUGAAUUGAUAUACUUUCCAUUUAAAUAUAUAUAUAUUUUUUCUUACUUUAACUUUUAAGAAUUCAUGAGUAUAAAAGAAUAAUCAGGCAGUAUACCCUUUUCUGAUUUUUAUUUCAUUUUUAUAAAAUUGGGGCAGGUAAGCACUGUUCACAGACUCAGUGCUACAGGAGUUGUGAUUUUGUUGUUGUUGGGUUGUUUGGCCUUUCUUCUUUCUCCUUCCUUCCCAUUUCACUUUACCUCGCAUCACACAACUGCUUGUAAGUGGUAUGUAUCAUUUGUUCACCUCUUUACUUCAUUCUAUAUAGUUCUAUAGGGCAAUUAAUAUAUGUUUAAGUGAUACAUGUGUCUUUGUUGACUAGAGUCUUGUGUUACAUUAAACAAUAGGAGGAACAGAGGGCUCAAAUUUAUGCUUCUUGUCAUAGAACUAAAAAGUGAAACCCAAGAUUGAUCCAGGCACUCGUCUGAGAUUGGUAUAUAGUAUUUCUGUAAUGAUAUAUUUUAUAGUGGAUAUUCAAAGCUUUGAGUCACAGAAACCUUAAACUGAGGAGAGAAUAUAGUUCAGAACCUUUAAGAGCCAUUCUCAAAAUUACCAGCAGGACGAUUUUAGUAGUGAUUAAUAUGUUCUUUGAUAUCUUUGUAGCAAUUUUGGAAGAAAAUGACUCUUUCCCCUGGUAGGGCUGUGCAGAACCAGGGCUUCCAUUUCUUCCUUGUGCUAGCUCUUUGUAGCAUUUUCAUUUGGGAGGAUGGAUUUCCAGAGCGAUGCGUUUGUUUAUUUCUAUGUACGUUGGCUCCCUACAUCUGCUUCUGUAUUUUAAAGAAUAAUGGUUUCUAAGUUGUCCAGGGGAAUACAACUGACAGGCAUUUCAUUAAGCACACAGACCAGGCUCUUUUUAAUGGAAAAAAAAAGAAAAUAAUGGUGCAAGUAUUUUUUUUUAAUUAAACUAAAAGGCAGAUGAGCUUUUCCACCGUUCCGUUUUGUUUUGUUUUUUUGAAGGAUGAAAAUAUGUAUCAUUACAUGUGAUGCUGUGGAAUGUCACAUAGGAAACCUAUUCCUGGCCAGUGCUUACAUUUGGUCAAAAAGUGUGCUGUAUGCAACUGAUACCCACCAUGCUUAAAACAGAAUAAGUAUAAUAAACGUCCAUCAGUCCAGUGACUCUUACAAGUGAAUGACUUUAGAGAAUUUAAAGUAGCAAGAUUAGGCCUCACCAAAGAAAGAAGAAAUUGCUUUGCACUUUGGAAACAUCUCGUGUAUAGGAAUGAGACUUUGAGAUCCCUCUUCAGUCUGUCCUUAUUGCAUGGUUUCAUGAUAUUUGGGGAUGGAUAGAAAUAUAUCUGUCCUAGUUCUAGGCUUGAAUCUUGGGCUCCUUGACUUUCCAGGCAUCCCAAAGCAAUCAGUAGUGAUUUAUUAAACAAACAGAUAUGUUCAUUACCUUGUGAAUGAUAUAGUAUAUAAUACAAUUAGUACCAAACUGUGUAGCUGCAGAAUAACCAAUUGACUUUACAAGUAAGUAGAAUCUAAUUACAUACAUAUAGUUUCAUAAAAAGGCUUCCCUGAAUGACAGUCAAGAACAAAAAAUAGUAAUAUUGCUAAUAUUGUAGCCUAUUGAAUCUCAUUUUAUGGAAACAGGUUCAAAUCAUAGAAUCGAGAGGAAAGAACUUGGUAAGAGUUUCUAAAUGUAAAAUCUCUAGUGUUGCUUACUGUGAAUUCUGGCACUUUAAAAACAAUAACCAAAUGGACUUGUGCUGCCCUCCAACAUUUAUUUUUAUAGUGCUUUUUUGGGUCAUUUUUUCGUUCGUUCCUUAGGCUCCAUAUUUGGAGGAAACUGUUCUUUACCUCAAUAAUUUUGCUUGUUUUUAUUUUUCCCUGACUCUCCACUAGUUGUUUUCUAAACAUAUGUUUGUUCUAAUUUCAUCUUUCCUCACUUUAAGUGGAACUUUUCCCCUUUUCUUCACUUACAGAAUUUUUUUUCACUAACAUGUUUAAAUGGCGUUGAGUCAUAGCAAACCAUUUAGUAUUGCUUAAGUGACAUAGACUGUAUUUAAGAGGUUAUUGACACAAUAAGUCGGAAUUUGUACCGUGGAGCUUUAAUGGGGCACUGCUGGUUAUGAUUACAGGAGAAUGUAGGGCUUCAUUAUAUCCAAGACCAAUACUGAAACAUUAACUCACAUUUCACAUCAGAACGCUGAUUUGAAACUUGUUUAUAUAUUUAGUGAGAAUCUACAUGUAUUUCCAAGUAUUCUAUUCUAGCAGUAUAUUAUAAUCUAAAUAAUCUAAUUUGGUAUUUAGAUGCCUUGUUGGUAGGUAGCCAAGUAGCUAUGCUUUACUACUUAAAUAUUCUUUCACUCUAGUUUAGUGAGUCCCAGAUUGAAACACUUGGUCUUAGAUGUAUUAGUGGGAUACCAUUUGCUCGAUUUCAUUAUCCCUAGCUUCAAGUUCAUUCCCAUUUCUUUUUCCUGAUGGAAUAUAUUAUUCCAGAAUAUCAAACUAGAAAUCAUUUAAACUAGAAAUACACUAGAUCUCUAACAUUAUUUUCAGUGCUUGUACCUAAUGAGAAAUUAUCUGAUUUACAAUAUACCUCUAAACUGCAUUUGCAUUUUGUGGAAUGACAGAGACCUCUUGUGGCCAGCUUGAUUAAUUCAAACAUAUCAAUCUCUUAUGAAGCAAAGGAAUUCAGACUUGGGUGCCUAACUCUAUGGUAAAGCUGACAGUAUUGAUCUUUAGCAAGAUUGUCUUUUUAGACCUGGUUUUCAUUAAAACUGACUUGUCUGUGUCUAAUUAAAAAGUGAUAGAAAACAUUGGAAAGUUAAUUCACUGAUUUAUCAUGGAAAGGCUUGUUAGGUUUAGAGUUCGGUGAUUUGUUUAAGAUCAUAAAACUACAUUCUUUGGUGAAAUACAUCUUUUGAGUAUAAAUGGUUUGCCAGCUUAUCUUUCCAGUGGAUUUCUUCACAUCUGCCUUAAAAGUGCUAUUUUUAAAAAAAAAAAAAAGCACUAUUUAGAGAUACAUUAAUAGAGUUUCAUGUAAUAAAACAGUUUUAAAAUCUAAUUUACAAACAGAAACUUGUUUGAGGCACUUAAUCAUUUGGUAAGAGAUUGAGAAUGAUGCUUAAUGAAUCAAAGAGCAGUUAGAUUGGAGUAUGUUCCUGAUUUUAUUCUCUGAAUUAUACUCAAUUUCCUGGUAAUUACAUGAAGAUGUUACCCUAUAAUUAUUCUUAACACUAUAUGAAAUUCAUUGGGUAAUUGUGGGUCAUUUGAUUAUUUCCUGGGUGAAUGUUGUGUUAACUCUUUAGCUGGCUGAAUGUUGCAAAGCAAGUGAGAAUUAUGGUUUGAAGUGAUUUCUAUGGGAGGGGAUCAUUACGAUGUGUACUCUAAACAAAGUUAUGUAACUAUAAAAAAAAAUCUUUUGUAAACCUUCUUUUCUUAAAAAUACAUGUUCUGACGCAGUUUCAUCCUUUUGUAGAAAUUGACCUGAACUUUCAUUAAGUUUUAAAUUCUUGAAAUAGUCCUUGAUCUGAGAUGUCAGGCUCCCUCACAAGAAGUUUAUAGUUAUUAGCAGAGUAAUAUAGAGGGUCUGCAUGAGACCAUAGUUGUAGAUUAGAUCUUUGGGUUCUUUCAGGCAAAAGGUUUGUAGUCCUUCUUAGUCAAAUAACAUUAUUCUUUUGUGAUUUUUUACUAUGGCCUAUAUUUCCCUGUGAUGUGGAUUAAUGAUGAAAUGAUAUGGCUAUGCAAAGCUUCUAGUCUAGAGGUAUUUCAUUUGAAGGUGGGAGUUUCAAAGUUUGUUGAAAUAAUUAAUUAGGAGCCAAGUAGACCAGCUGAAUGAAGUCACCGGUGUUUGUUUUGUUGGAGAGGACUUAUUAUUGUAGUUUAUUGAUUUCUCCACCAAAUGCUCUUUUAUUUUUCCCCAAAAAUGCUAUCUUAAGAGAUUUUAUUUAUAGAUUAUUUUUAAAUUACAUAUAAUGCCUUGAUUUCUUCCUACCCACCAAAUACUAUGAAUUGUGUUUCCAUUAUUUUUCUUAGCUAAUCUGACUUUAUUCUGGGCUUUUUUUUAGCCCUACCCUUCCUAGGUUUUUGUGUGGCAUUGCUUACAAGUGCUGUAAUGCUUGCAAAGAAAAGGUCAAAAUCAUUCUAAGGCAAACAUACUCUUUUAUCUUUGUUUAUGACAACAGAUUAGUGAAAUUAAAAAUUGUGCAUUAUUAAAGAAUUUACAACCUUUAGAGACUGCUAUAAAACUACUUGAAUCAUUUUAAUUAGAGGAAUAGUAAUAUGGCUGUAGCAGCUUUAAUGGAGGAGCCAGUGUUGGCUGCUUUCCCUGGCACUAAGUACAGUCAUAAAACUGUUGAUAAUGUGCAAGUUUCAUAGUAGAGCUUAUGAAAUUCAGCAUGUCACCAGAAUUUUCAUUUGCCUAUUGUCUUUUCUCUCUGUUUUUUAGAUUUUUUUUCCUACUCCCACCUCCUCUGAGUAGCAUUGAUUUUCUACUAAAGUUGGAAUUUGUGUUAAGAAUUGACUUUCAAUUUCUGAGAUAAAACAUCAGGAAUAGCUUUGAUUGCUAUAAAAUUGCUGGUAUUCAUUCGUUUUUUUUUCUUAAGUAAAAAUAGUGCCGUCUAAUAAAUGUCUCUUCCCCUUAAGAAUGUGAAUUUAGCUCAGAUUCUGAAUGACUGAAUCUUAUUCCCAGACAAUCCUUUGACGAUAGAUUUUAUAGCCCUAACCUAAGGAGUCAUUGGAGGCUAUAGUAAGUCAGAUUUUCUUGUGGUGCAGAGAGAAAUGCCCUUGUGGGAGAUCAUGUCACUCCAUGUCUUUCUCUAUUAGGUAGUACUUUAAAGUUACAGGUCUUGAACUGGAUUCCAAGUCAACUUAAAAACAUGAAAAUCAAGGUUAGUUCUAGUUUAUCUUCCACAGUAGAGUCAUUAUUUAGAAAGAAGUUUUACAAAUAUACUAUCAUGUCUUCUAACACUGCCUAGCUUGAUAGAAAACAGAAUGUUAUAUGGAUGUUAUCUGAGAGCUAUGGGUCAAGAACAAAAGAAGGGGAGAGUGUUUAGUAGGGAAGUAGACCAGUUGUAAAGUAUCAUUUGGAAUGACAAAAUACUUUGUCUUCCUUUUUAUCUGCUCUUCAAACAAUCUCAAUGAACUAUUAAACAUUUGUAUGCAGUAUCCUAUCUUGCCUGUCUGUGGCAUUCUCACUUGCAGAUAUUGAACCUCAGGAACAGAGCUAGACAGGACAAUUGAGUGUAUGGCAGAGAAGAAAAAAUAGGUGCUUUUUGCUCAUGGAUUUGAAGGUCCACAAAUCUCAAUGAGGAAGAAAGCUCUUCAUUUCUAACCCUAAAUUAAUUUAAUCCAGUGCUGAGAAGACUAUCAAAAGGGAUCAAAGCUCAGUUAUUCUGAGUAGUCUUUGGAAAGCAACAUUUCUUGCUUGGUUGCUUUUCUCACCGUCUCCCAAAUAGCUGAUAGAGAUCUUGAAACAGGCAGCCCAGUGUAAUGGGCUCUGGAUCCUCAACAGCUUCUUACAUACAGCCAAUUCCUUGAUGCAGAUCCAGAGGGAAAACCAGCAAUAAAACAGUUUUACUUGCAGUUUUUAGACUCCAGGGGACUUGCUUUUUCAUCGGGUUUAAGCUCUUGCAACACAGCUCUGUACCAUCUGGGAUGCUAGCAUUCGCAGCAGUUAGUUUUUGAUAACCUGAGUGGUCUGCCACACGAAUACCAGCCUAAGAAGAUCAUCAUUCUUCAGUUUCACUCAGUGCUUAAUGAAUGCCAGGUUAAUUUGCAGGAAGGAAAAAUACUGUGUGACAUACUGAACAGGCCUCUGUGCUUGAUUAAGGAAUUGCUCAAGUAGCCAAUUUUGAGCUUACCUUCUCUUCUUUGUUAACAAAUCUCAAGAAAGCCUUUGUUACAGUUUAGCUAGUGUCAUUUGGUUGGUGUUCAUUUUCUAGCCCUUUAUAAUGGAAGAAAAAUUGUCAUCUUGUGUUUAACUUCUAACCCAUACAGAAUUGAACUGACAUCAAAUUUAGUUUCCAUGUUUUAAAAUAAAUUAAUUAUACAUAAUCCGAAGGGUCUCUGUUUAUUCUACUUUGCCAAGAACUACAUGAGUUCUGGGCUUGGCAUUAGAAGAAUUUAAUAGUUUUGAUUUAUUCUUUAGGUUUCCUCCACAUCUGGUAAGGUGAUUAAUUAAAUUAGAGAAGGUAUCUAGAAUUAGUUUAAUUCCAUUGCAACUGGUAGAGCUUUAUAAAUUCAUUUUGCAACAAAGAAGAGGAUUUUAUACCAUCAGGGCCAUACCAUCAGAUUUUGGCAAGUGACUGUUUCAGCAUGUUGCCGUAUAGUUGUUGUAUUUACCUCCUUAAGAUAAAGGGGGCAACUGAGGACAGGGUUGUACAAUUUAACAUUUUUUUAAUUGCCUACUUUAGAAGUUUUAGGGUACUUGCACCUUUGUAAAGGCUUAGCUUAAAUUUACACAUACAGAUUAGCUAUACUUGUAAGAGCACUGAAUGCAAAGACAUACUAAAGUACUUGUGUGCCCAACCCCAAAUUUGAUAGUAGGAUAUCAAAGUCCAAAAUUUUAAAUAUAAGUAGUCUUCUGUAGGGAAGAUAGGUGUUUUUAAAAAUCAUGCACUUGGUCUCCUUUUUGAGAUAUUUUCCUUUCCCAGAAAAAUGAUUUUGAUGACAGUUGUAAAUUGUUUUCUCCCUCAGUUGUAAACCAAACAUUUAGAGAAAUCACAGUGGACUUACUUUCUUAAGCAUUACAUUUAGCCUGGCCAAGAGAGGCUAUGGUUGUGUUAUUGCUUUUUUGACUUGUGUAAAAUGUUGUUUGAAUUGAACAGAUUAGAUAGUAUAGUAUUAAUUUUCCUUUAUGUAUAGUCUUCAGCUCAAUUUAGAAUUGCAAAAUAAUGAGACAUUUUUCUGUGAACAGAUCCUUUUAUGGAGAUAGGUUUUUCUUUUCAAAGAUUUAUUCCAUGUCACCACUUCAAAAUCUAUGUGUAGCUGAAUCUGCAGCCUCAGAAAGAGAGUACAGGAAAGCUUUUAGGGCCUCCUUUUCUUGUGUUGGUUUUGCUAACACUAAUCCAUCUUUUCAAUGGAAAGAUGGUAGGUGGGUGUGUGUGUGUAUGCAGUUUGGGGAAAAUGUUAGAAUUUUUUUCAAGUCAACUCUUUUACAGAUAACUAGUACUCAUUGGCCAGAAAUUAAGAUCCCUUUAGGUAGAGAUAGAUCCUCAAAACCAAAGUUGGACUGGAAAUUAGAUUGAGAGGGAAGAUACAGUUCUAUCCAAAGUCAAUAAAAUCUGUCUUUCUGGGUCUGCUUAUUAAUGCUAUGGAUAGCUCCUUCUCUGUCUUAGAACAUCUCCUGGACUGGAAAUAUGACAUAGCAGCCAGCUCAUUUGAAAGUCAGAGACUUUCAGUUAAACAUCUUUUAUAAGACUUUUAAAUAAUAACAUUUACUCGUUAUAUGAUUAUAAAAAUGUUUAACAUAGAAAUAUAGGAAAUUAUUAAGUCUAAAGAAGGAAAGCCACUAUUAUUUAACCGAUGAGACUCAUUUAUUUUUCCUGACUUCCUUCUGUUAUCCAACACAAAGCCAGAAAAAGCUUUUUUAAAAAAUUGACACAGCCAUUCCUCAUUGUCUUUUACCACAAGUGUGGAAGACUGGGGUGCAAGCAAUUGUGCCUACCCUUACUGUAUUCCUUUAGAGCAUUGCCCUUUUCUAGACAAACAAUCUGAAAAUAAUUCUGUUAGUAUGUGUCUUUUAAGUCUUAACUGCAGUGUAAGAUAUUACCCAAAAGCUGUAGGGAGUUCAGGUCAUUGGCAAUUUUAUCUCUAAGACUGAUUUUAAUUUUUAAGCCCUUUAUGCACCAUUAUGGACAUUGGGAGCAUAUUCAUACCCAUGAAGAGCUUUCUGUUUAGAUGGACUUUUUAAUAUAACCAUAAUUAAAUCCAUACCCAAAAAGGACAAAGGAAAAGCAGAGAAAA